UUUCUCUGGAGUGGGAGGUGGGCCUUGGUGUUCCCGGAAGCGGAAGCUAGGGUCGUGUCACGGUAAACUGGCCCCUGUGGGCCCUCUCUGCGGCGGCCAUGAGCAAAAGGAAGGCCCCUCAGGAGAACCCCAACGCCGGCAUCACCGACUUCCUCUCCGAACUGGCCAACUAUGAGAGGAACGUGAACAGAGCCAUCCACAAGUACAACGCCUACAGGAAAGCAGCUUCUGUAAUAUCCAAGUAUCCAAGCAAGAUCAAAAGUGGAGCUGAAGCCAAGAAACUAGAUGGCGUUGGAGCAAAAAUUGCUGAAAAGAUUGAUGAGUUUUUAUCUACUGGGAAAUUGCGGAAACUGGAAAAGAUUCGACAGGAUGAUACGAGUUCUUCAAUCAAUUUCCUGACUAGAGUUAGCGGCAUUGGUCCUGCCGCUGCCAGGAAAUUUGUGGAUGAAGGAAUCAAAACACUGGAAGAUCUAAAGAAAAAUGAGCACAAAUUGAACCAUCAUCAACGGAUCGGUUUAAAGUACUUUGAAGACUUCGAGAAAAGAAUCCCUAGGAAUGAAAUGUUGGAGAUGCAGGAAAUCGUAUUGAGCAAGGUCAAGGAAGUGGACCCCCAAUACAUUGCUACGGUGUGUGGCAGUUUCCGGCGAGGUGCAGAAUCAAGUGGGGACAUGGACAUCCUCCUCACCCAUCCAGACUUCACAUCAGAAUCUCCCAAACAGCCAAAGCUUUUGCACCAAGUGGUCGAGCAACUGGAGAAGGUCCACUUUGUCACGGAUACGCUGUCAAAGGGAGACACCAAAUUCAUGCAGACGAUGCUUUGCCAGAAUGCAGUUAUUCAGACUCCCUUUGAUGUGGGUUUUGCCAUAAAGAACAAGGGAGUGUGUCAGCUUCCAUGCAAAGAGGAAGGAACUAACUACCCAUACAGGAGAAUCGAUAUUAGGUUGAUUCCCAAAGAUCAGUAUUACUGUGGAGUUUUGUACUUUACUGGAAGCGACAUAUUCAAUAAGAACAUGCGCACCCAUGCGCUGGAGAAGGGCUUCACGCUCAACGAAUACACGAUCCGGCCCUUGGGCGUCACGGGGGUCGCUGGAGAACCCCUCCCUGUGGACAGUGAGAAAGACAUCUUUGAGUACAUCCAGUGGAAGUACCGGGAGCCAAAAGACCGGAGUGAAUAGCUCCUCAGGCAUCUUGACAGUCGGGUCUGCAGGGCUGCGGUGUUGGCUUCCUAGCCUGGAACUGUAACUUAUUGCUUUGGUGCUAUUUCGGGGAGGGGGUGCCUUUGUGUUCAAAGGAUGGGGAGGCCAUGUGCCCUUUUUUAAAACAUCGGUGGUACUUCUAAAUAAAGUGUGUGCUGUGGUGAUUAAAGCAUCAGUCGCAGUGCACAAGAGUGUUUGUG